UAUUAUAUCUGUCCAGAUUCUCUUAAACAGAACAAGGCGGCUCUCCAAAAAGCCAGGGAGCUAGGCUCGCCAGCCAUCGAAAAAACAUGGCCAAAAUUCAAAGUUCCAAGUAUGUGUUAUGUUUAGUUUCUUCUCUGGUUCUGAAUCUCAUCUCCAUCAUAAAUCUUUAUGUGGGUAGGGAGUGGAAUCUGAAUUGGAGCAGUAAAGCUGCAAGAGAAGCUGAGGCCGUGGCUGCAAUCUCAUGUUCUGGCCAUGGAAGAGCUUACUUGGAUGGGAUUGUUGUCGAUGGAAAACCGCCAAUUUGCGAGUGCAAUUCUUGCUAUACUGGCCCUGAUUGCUCUCAACCUUUGCCUGAUUGUGCUGCUAACGCUGACGGGGGGGAUCCAUUGUUUUUGGAGCCUUUCUGGAUGCAAAAUGCAGCAAGCAGCGCAAUUCUUGUAGCAGGAUGGCACAGAAUGAGUUAUACAUACACAGAUGACUCUUACAUCUCUCAAGAGCUCGACAGGCACAUCCGAAAACUCCAUGCCAUUGUAGGGAAUGCGGUAACAGAAAAAAGAUUCAUGAUUUUCGGAGCUGGAUCAACCCAACUCCUAAAUGCUGCAGUCCAUGCCCUUUCUCCUGAUAACUCUUCCUUACCUGCAAAAGUUGUCGCUACAACCCCUUUUUACCCGGUUUAUAAGAGACAAACAGACUAUUUCCAGUCAGGGGAUUUCGAGUUCUUUGGAGAUACAUCUCUAUGGAAGAAUAGCUCUGAUACAAGUAUGAAUUUCGUUGAGUUUGUAACUGCACCAAACAAUCCUGAUGGAAAGAUGAACAAGGCAGUUCUUCAGGGCCCAUAUGCCAAACAAAUUUAUGAUCAUGCAUAUUAUUGGCCUCAUUUUGCAGCAAUUUCAGCUCCUGCAGAUGAAGAUGUAAUGCUUUUUACACUCUCUAAGAUGACUGGUCAUGCUGGCACCAGGUUUGGGUGGGCAUUGAUAAAGGAUGAGGCUGUGUACGAAAGAAUGAUAAACCAUAUGACAUUAAACACCAUGGGGGUUUCUCGGGACAGUCAGCUAAGAGCUUUGAAGCUUCUGAAAGUAGUGCUACAAAGCAGAGGAAGGGAAAUAUUUGAAUUCGGAUACAAAACAAUGCAGAACCGCUGGGAAAAGUUGAGCAAGAUUGUAUCACUAUCAAACAGAUUUUCUCUCCAGGAAAUUGCUCCUCAGUACUGCAACUUCUUCCACAAAGUCAGGCCAGCUUCACCAGCUUAUGGAUGGUUGAAAUGUGAGAUGGAAGAAGAAAAAGACUGCCAUGAAGUUCUUAAAGCAGGAAAGAUUAAUGUACGAGAAGGUAACAAGUUUAGUGCAGACAAUCGCCAUGUGAGGGUGAGCUUGAUCAGAAGACAGGAUGAUUUUGAUUUACUGCUGCAGAGAUUGACCAAAUUCGUCUCUGAGGAAGAUGGUGGAGGAGAUAACAAAACUAUGUGAAGAAUUAGUGUGAUCAAUUAUCAGUUCAUUACAAGCUGCUUCUUCAACAAUUAAUAAUAAUAAAUGUGAAAGUUGGUCAUGUCUAUUGACCUGCAUGUUGUUAUUAAAUUUCAAAUUAAGCUAUUAAAUGUUGCAAAUUGCACUAGCUAUUAAGUACAAUACAACUAUAUAUAUUUCCAAUACUACAUUAUUUGGGUUCUCAUUUUCUGUGGACAAUUUGACAAAUUUGAUGGAAUCAAUAGUCCACUCAGUUAGAAUCUUUUGAGGUUUUAU